AUGGAGUGUGGAGGGCUCACAAAAGAUGGGCUAAAAAAAAUUGAGGCUGAAAUGAAGAAACCAGACGGCAAACGCUGGAAAUGUGCUGGAUGCUUGGAAAAAGACAAUGAACAAUUAAAGAAGAAAGUUUACCAUUUAGAAGAUCGACUAAACACUAUAGAGCAAAAGUCUAAAGAAAAUAACCUGAUUAUAUCUGGGAUCGUAAAACAAGAAAUCCAAACCACCGAAAUAGUAACUAAAAUAAUGGAAACAAUGGAAAUAAAUGUAGAAAUGGGAGACAUAAAGUGCAAUAGAAUAAAUAAAAAAGAAGAUUCUCCAAUAUUAGUUCAAUUUCCCAACAAAACUUAUAAGAUGGAAGUAUUUAAAAAAAGAAAGGAAUUGAAAACUAUCAGGUCCGAUCAAUGUGGCCUAAAGGGAGAGAAGCAAAUAUACUUCAACGAUGACCUCAUACUCUAUUACCAAAACCUUUUUAAGAAGGCCAGAGAGUUUAAAAAAGACAAUAGACUCAAGGCAGUUUAUUGUCUAUCAGGCAGAAUUCACAUAAUUGUAAAAGAGGGAGACACUCCAAAAAUUAUCAGAAAAGAAGCAGAUCUCUUAGAAUUUUCAUUAAAUUAA